UAAAAAUGGAGGAAAAAGAGGAAAGAGGGGAGAGAGAGAGUGUUAAGUGUUGACUAGCUUCACUUCACUUCUUCUCCUCUGUAACCACAACUUCCUUCAGAGCUGCUCUAGGGUUUUCUCUUCACUCUCUUUUUCUCUUUUCGUUUCUCACAAUGCGACGCUUCCUCAACCCGUCAAUGGCGAGUCUCUCCAUAUUCCUCUCGAUUCUUCUCCUCUCUCUUCCCCUUCCGUCGACACAAGACCUCGCCGCCGACAAAUCCGCCCUUCUCUCGCUUCGUUCCGCCGUCGGUGGCCGAACAAUUCUAUGGGACAUCAAACAGACCACACCAUGCAACUGGACCGGCGUCGUUUGCGACGGUGGUCGAGUAACCGCCGUCCAUCUUCCCGGCGUCGCGCUCUCCGGCCAGAUUCCGGAGGGCGUUUUCGGUAAUCUAACACAGCUCCGUACGCUCAGCCUCCGUCUCAAUGCUCUAACCGGCACUCUCCCUCUGGAUCUCGGUAGCUGCUCCGACCUUCGGCGUUUGUACUUGCAGGGAAACAGGUUCUCCGGGGAGAUACCAGAGGUUUUGUUCAGUCUCAGCAACCUCGUGAGGCUGGAUCUAUCCGAUAAUGGUUUUACCGGCGAGAUCUCUUCUGGGUUUAAAAACCUCACGAGGCUUAAGACUCUGUACCUUGAGAAUAACAAGCUAUCUGGCUCUCUUCUUGACAUGGAUUUGCCGUUGGAUCAGUUCAACGUCUCCAAUAACUUGUUGAACGGAUCCAUACCGAAGAGUCUUCAGAAAUUCGACUCCGAUUCGUUCGUCGGAACUUCACUCUGCGGCAAACCGCUCGGUAUCUGUUCCAGUGAAGGGACUGUGCCAAGCCAGCCAAUUUCCGUCGGGAACAUUCCCGGAACUGAGGGAAGCAAGGAGAAGAAGAGAAAGCUCUCCGGCGGAGCGAUUGCCGGAAUAGUGAUCGGAUGUGUGGUUGGUUUCUUCCUGAUUGUUCUGGUUUUGAUGGUUCUCUUCCGGAAAAAGGGAAACGAGAGAACAAGGGCCGUCGACAUUGCAACCAUCAAGCAGCGUGAAACGGAAAUUCCCGGCGAUAAAGCGGCGGUGGAAGCACCGGAGAAUGGGAACUACGGAAAUGAGUACUCCACGGCGGCGGCGGUGACGGCAAGCGCGAAAGCCGUGGAAAUGAACAGUUCAGGGACGAAGAAAUUAGUGUUCUUUGGGAACGCGACAAAGGUUUUCGAUCUGGAGGAUCUGUUGAGAGCUUCGGCGGAGGUUCUGGGGAAGGGGACGUUCGGGACGGCGUAUAAGGCGGUGCUUGACGCGGUGACGUUGGUGGCUGUGAAGAGGCUGAAAGAUGUGACGAUGGCGGACAGAGAGUUCAAGGAGAAGAUUGAGGUUGUUGGGGCGAUGGAUCAUGAGAACUUGGUGCCUUUGAGAGCUUACUAUUACAGUGGAGACGAGAAGCUGCUUGUGUAUGACUUCAUGCCUAUGGGAAGCUUGUCAGCUCUCUUACACGGAAACAAAGGCGCAGGGCGGUCUCCACUGGACUGGGAAAUACGAUCACGCAUUGCCCUUGGAGCAGCUCGUGGCUUAGACUAUCUUCACUCGCAAGACCCAUUGAGCUCUCACGGAAACGUCAAGUCUUCCAACAUCCUCUUAACAGACUCCCACGACGCACGAGUCUCUGAUUUCGGCCUGGCUCAGCUCGUCGGGUCCUCAACCACAACCCCAAACCGGGUUACCGGGUACCGUGCGCCGGAAGUAACUGACCCGAGGCGUGUCUCGCAGAAGGCGGACGUGUACAGCUUUGGCGUGGUGUUGCUAGAGCUGCUGACCGGGAAAGCUCCGUCGAACUCGGUGAUGAAUGAGGAAGGAAUGGAUCUUGCGAGGUGGGUGCAUUCGGUGGAGAGAGAGGAGUGGCGGAGUGAGGUUUUUGACUCGGAGCUGGUGAGUUUGGAGACUGUGGAAGAAGAGAUGGCGGAGAUGCUGCAGCUGGGGAUAGAUUGUACGGAGCAGCACCCUGACAAGAGGCCAGUGAUGGUGGAGGUGGUGAGGCGGAUCCAGGAGUUGCGCCAGUCGGGUUCGGAUCGGGUUGGCUAGACUAAAUGGACGACGCAAGGAGGCUUGAGAGAGGGUUUACGAGUUGGAACCACCGAUAUAAAACGACUGCGUUUUCGGUGUUUAAUGUCUCCAAAAUUAUGGAAUCUUAGAUGUUUAAAAGUUAGUUUAAGAAUAUGGCGGGGAAUUAGAGUUGGGUCGUUAAUUAGAUGGUCUUAAUUUUUGUUUUCCCUUUUUUUUUUCUUUUUCUUUUGUUAUCUAUCUCAUGUGUGGGCACUGAUGAUGAGGAGUUCGUUGUGGUUGUAAUUAUUAGUGCUUUUAACUUUUAACUUUAUUUUCGAUGUUGUUUCAGCUUUUUGUCUCUUUAAUACUCC